AUGAUUAAUGUAAAUUUUCGAAAACCUUAAAAAACAAGACCAAAAAGCCAAGCAAAUCAUCGACCAUUAACAUCAAUUUCAAACGAAAGAAAGACUAAUACAGAAUAAAAAUCAUUUGAUCUGCAUACAUGGGUAGAUUUUGAAGAUCAAAUCAAAAGAAUGACAAUUAAAAGUUUUCAUUCAUCUAUUGAACAUAAACCAAAAUUAUAAAAAAAAUAAAUCCACAGUCAAAAAUAAUAAUUGUAAGCUUAAUUUAGAGAAUUGAUAAACGACGUGCUUUAAAUGAACUUGAGAAAUGACCUUUAUAAUAGAUUAUCAAAAUUUAUUUGA